GCGCAGGCGCACCGACGCGGCCGGGAGGCCGAGGGCGACCAAAGCAACCUCGGCCGCCGCCUCCUCCCGUAGUAUCCGCGCGGGGCUGGUCGGCGGCCACCGGGACCGCGCCGGGCAGGGGCCCCGCGGGCCGCGCGUUGUAAUGGGCUCGAGCUGGAGUAGCGAGGAGGAGCGGCAACCGCUUCUAGGGCCCGGCCUCGGGCCUGCGCCGGGAGCUGCUUGGAGAAGCCGGGAGGCGGCGGAGGCGCUGCCCGCGGCCGCCCCGAGUCCCGGGCGAGUGUACGGGCGCCGCUGGCUGGUGCUACUGCUCUUUUCGCUGCUGGGGUUCGCUCAGGGCCUGGUCUGGAACACCUGGGGCCCCAUCCAGAACUCGGCGCGGCAGGCCUAUGGUUUCUCCAGCUGGGACAUCGCGCUCCUAGUGCUGUGGGGGCCCAUCGGCUUCCUGCCCUGCUUCGCAUUCAUGUGGCUUCUGGACAAGAGAGGUCUUCGGAUAACAGUGCUUCUAACAUCCUUCCUUAUGGUUUUGGGAACUGGUCUAAGAUGCAUACCUAUAUCAGACUUAAUGCUGAAAAGAAGAUUAAUCCAUGGAGGACAGCUGCUAAAUGGAUUGGCAGGUCCGACUGUAAUGAAUGCAGCUCCAUUCCUCUCAACGACGUGGUUCUCUGCAGACGAGCGGGCCACUGCCACAGCUAUUGCAUCAAUGCUCAGUUACCUUGGGGGAGCAUGUGCAUUUCUAGUUGGACCACUUGUUGUUCCAGCUCCCAACGGGACAGCGCCUCUUCUUGCUUCGGAGAAUAGCAGGGCCCACAUUAAAGAUCGCAUAGAGACCGUAUUAUAUGCAGAAUUUGGAGUUGUCUGCUUACUAUUUUCUGCAACGCUAGCUUAUUUCCCACCCCGGCCUCCUCUUCCUCCCAGUGUUGCUGCAGCUAGCCAGCGGCUGAGUUAUCGGCGGAGCUUUUGUAGGUUAUUAAGCAAUUUGAGAUUUUUGAUGAUUGCUUUAGCAUAUGCCAUACCACUUGGUGUAUUUGCUGGCUGGUCUGGAGUUCUGGACUUAAUUUUAACACCAGUGCAUGUCAGCCAAGUAGAUGCUGGCUGGAUUGGAUUUUGGUCCAUAGUUGGAGGCUGUGUUGUUGGAAUAGCUAUAGCAAGGUUUGCAGAUUUUAUCAGGGGUAUGCUGAAACUAAUUCUUCUCCUCCUGUUUUCUGGGGCUACACUGUCAUCCACGUGGUUCACGCUGACCUGUUUGAACAGCAUCACACACCUGCCUUUAACCACAGUGACACUGUACGCCUCCUGUAUUCUCCUGGGAGUGUUCCUGAAUAGCAGUAUACCUAUAUUUUUUGAGCUUUUUGUGGAAACCGUCUACCCAGUUCCGGAAGGAAUUACUUGUGGAGUUGUCACUUUUUUAAGUAAUAUGUUCAUGGGAGUACUUUUGUUUUUUCUCACCUUUUAUCACACAGAGUUGUCUUGGUUCAACUGGUGCCUUCCCGGGGCGUGUUUGCUCAGUCUCCUCCUCAUUCUGUGCUUCAGGGAAUCCUAUGACAGACUCUAUCUUGAUGUGGUUGUCUCAGUAUAAUAGCACAGACUUGAAGGAGCUUAAAAAGAGACUGGAAAUCAAUACUGCACACUGCACAGUCGCUUGGAAUUGCACAUCUAACAGGAAAAAAAGGAGAAGAGAGAAACUUCAUUCAGAGGUUUUGUUAGGUUACAGAUGAUGACGUUAAUUUCAUUACUACGAGGUAAUAAUAAUGUGGAACUUGAGUGAUAAUAGGGGAUUUUUAAAACCGUAUCAAUGGCAUACCUGUGCCUGAGUCUGGGGUUACAAGUGUGAUGUCUUACACAGAAAGCACUGAGUAAUUCCUUCUGUGUUUUGUGCCAGUGCUCAACUACUGAUUAAUUGUAAUUAUGCAAAGAAAUCAAGGGUGUCUGUCAUGAAGAUAACUCCUUCCCUAAGUCACCUAUCAGAAUAGGAAGAAAUGCCACUAACUUCUAAAGAAGUUUAAACCCUAUAUCAGAUUUUAAUUAUAAAAUAGCCAAGAAGCAUAUCAGUGAUAGAAAUUAGCCACGUGUACACUACAUUUUUUUCUAAUAAAGCCAUUUCUUAUACGACUCCUUAUUUUUAAUUAGGGCGGAAACCUUUGGCUAUCCUACUCUAUGAUGAUCAAGUGCUUUUUUCCAGCAACUUCAGAGCGCAUACUUUGCGUCUCAGUCUUAACUUAUCCUUGUUUCUGUGAAAUGCAGUUUCAUCUACUCGGCUCUUAAAUGGUUAUAUUAAAGGUGACUAAAUGUUUCAUAUAGUCGCAUUAAAUACUGUAGAAAAAAAUGUAAUUCCGUUCCGACUUAGCACUUUGUUAAAAGUGAAAUGACAAGUCCCACAGAACAUCCCGUGUCUUCGGGCAGAUGUAUAUGCGGUGGCAUGGGAUGGAAAAUCCAGCACCAGCUGUUAUUUGCCAGGGUGACCUUUUAUUAAAUGACCCUUGUUUGAAAUUAACAAUUUAUAGCAUUGAAACUUUCCCAUCUGUUGCAUGAUUUCUGAAUUACAUUCUCAUAUCUCUGAAUUCAGGUUAUAAAAUAAUCGGUUCUGGUAUGGAGUCAGGAUAUUUGAAAAGGAAGUAUUUUGCCAAUACCUGCCUUCUUUCUGUGGAUGAGAGCUUUUUCAAAAAUAACACCCAUUGGCUAGCUCCCAGACAUGUAUUUCACUUUGACAUAAAAUACGCUCUGCUGGGGUUAUGGCAUUACCACUAUUCUCAUUUCAGUAAUUCCCCUCCCCGCAGCAUCAAAACAAACACUUUCUCAAGACUAUUUUACCUUCAUUGUUCUCAGCUUCCUCCAACCCCCUCUCCUUUUUUCCUCACUUGAAAUUAUAUCUUCAUUGAUACAUAUUUUUGUCUUUUCCUGGACAGGCAGAGUGUGAGCCAGCUCCUUCCAUUACCCAGGGUGGUGAGGUGUGGUUAAGGAGACCUGGCCAGCACACACCAUCACACAGUCCCAGAUACCCCUUCUCCUUACCCCCUGGUAAGUUGAGGCUAUGUGUUAACUCACCUCAGUCCUAGAGAAGGAUUGUACUACUGCCAAGCCGCCUAAGAUCCUAAAUUGUGCCAUCUGGAAAGUAAGAAACCCCCCAAAUGUAACAUCUGUCUUUAGUCACCUUUAGACCAUCCCCCUUGAAAACCACCCUGCUAAAAUAACUUAGCGGCAAGAACUGAAGGGAUGAAGUCACUUGCUAAAGAGAAGAAAACCUAGGAAAGCUAGGCCUAGUUCCAGUAAACUCUGUCAUUCUCCUUAAAUAAAAAUACGAGGAAAAGGAAAGUAGAAUUCUUAAAGAUGAUUGAAAGCCAGCCAGUCCAGAUAUCAAUAGUCCAUGACCCAGGUGCUUAAAUAACCACCACCCCUUCCCCUUCCCAUUUAGAAUAAAGACAGAAAGGUGAGGGAAGAAUGAUCAUGUAUUUGGUUUCAGUCAGAACUGUUAUGUCUGAGGACAUUGCUAUAUAAAAUUUUGCUCUGAGCUAUCUCAUACAGAGCAUUUUGAUUAUGGUUAAUUCUGCUUUUAACACAAAGUAAAAAAUAACAGUAAAAAAUAUUACCUAAAUGACUCAUUAGUUAAAAGACAUCCCAAGUGGGUAGUGAUUUAAAAUGCUUGCACUGGAGAGUUCACAUCGUGGCUCAGUGGUAACAAACCCGAUUAGUAUCCAUGAGGACAUGGGUUUAAUCCCUGGCCUCGCUCAGUGAGUUAAGGAUCCGGCGUUGCCAUGAGCUUUAGUUUAGGUCGCAGAUAUGGCUCCGAUCCCACGUGGCUGUGGUGUAGGCUGGUCGCUACAGCUCCAAUUGGACCCCUAGCCUGGGAACCUCCAUAUGCUGCGGGUAUGGCCCUAAAAAACUAAAAUAAAAUAAAAUUCUUGCAUUGUACCAGACACUAACCCCUGUUUUUAGCACAUGAGAUGAGACACCUCCCUCUCAUUUACAUUGCUUACCCCUCCGCAAAUAAUUUUUCUAGUCACAAACUGCAGCUCUUUUAAGUGAUCAAAAUUUCACAUCCCAGGAGUUCCCAUUGUUGCUCAGUGGGUUAUGAACCUGACUAGUAUCUGUAAGGACACAGGUUCGAUCCUUGGUCCCAACUCAGUGGGUUAAGGAUCUGGCACUACCAUGAGCUGUGGUGUGGGUCACAGGCACAGCUUGAAUCCCAGUAUUGCUGUGGUGUAGGAUGGUAGCUACAGCUCCCAUUAUACCCCUAGCCUGGGAACUUCCAUAUGCCACAGGUGUUGCCCUAAAAAGGAAAAAAAAAAUUUUCACAUAUCAAACCUGGUAGGAAGAGAAGUAAAAGACUCCAGGGGUGGGGGGAGAGGAUUCCAUCAUUAUUUACUUAUCUGUAUAUCUUUUUUUUCACUUUUUGUAUCUCUCACAUGCAUCAAAAGACCAGCUGUUAACUGAAAAAAAAAAAAAAAAUCUUAACCCUCCACCCAUCCAAGUGCUCAUUUUAGAAUGUAUAGAUGCAGUCCCAGAGAAGUGGAAAGGAUCUUGCCUAAGGUCACAAUCCUGGUUAGUGACACAAGUAAAACAAACUGAAACCCACACCUUCUGACUCCCAAAGCAAUGUUUUUCUCUACCUCACAGAAUUGCAGCCGACUUUGGACAUUUUGGGAUGUUCAUGAAUACUCUUUCAUGUCCAAAAUCAGUGGGGCCUAAGAGUAAAAUGCCAUUAAAAUGAGAUGAUUGUUUGGUUUCUAAGUGCAAUCCAUCUUUUUUCUUCAUCGCUAUCCUGUUGGUGCUCUAACAUUUCAAAGUCUUAGCUCCCAGUGACAUGCUCUGAAAAGUUUCUAAUGAAUAAUUCCAUCCUCAUUAACCAAGUCAGCAGCAUUAUUAAUUGGUAAGGACAUGUUAUAGUGAAAGUUCCCUGUGUCUUAUCAGCGAAUACUUCACAGUUUGUACAAAGAAGCAUUUUUUUUUUUUAACAUGGUCCAUGGUGGAGGCAUAGGAACAAAACAAUUACAUAUACAAAUGCAUUUCACUGGAGUUCCCGUCGUGGCGCAGUGGUUAACGAAUCCGACUAGGAACCAUGAGGUUGCGGGUUCGGUCCCUGCCCUUGCUCAGCGGGUUAACAAUCCGGCGUUGCUGUGAGCUGUGGUGUAGGUUGCAGACGGGGCUCGGAUCCCGAGUUGCUGUGGCUCUGGCGUAGGCCGGUGGCUACAGUUCCAAUUCAACCCCUAGCCUGGGAACCUCCAUAUGCUGCGGGAGCGGCCCAAGAAAUAGCAACAACAACAACAACAAAAGACAAAAAAAAAAAAAAAAAAAAAUGCAUUUCACUGAAGGAUAGAGUUAAUAAAAUAAUUAGAGGGAAUCAAGUACCAUUUUGUAUAUUUAAGCACAUAUGGCCUAAGGGCCAAGUUUUAGCAUAGAUCGUACAUUCAUGUUUAAUUAUUGAGAAUGUUUACAGCUUGUCUUUAUGAAGCCUUUCUAAUCAAGGAUUCAGGCUAAGAGAUUUUAAAUUGAGGAAAUUAAAUUCUCAUCUACUCAUCUUUUAAUGUUUUUAUUUUUCCUACUUUUACUGAAACACAGGCAUUCAUCUUGCUGCUUGUAUAAGUACAAGCUUCAUUUUAAACUCAAAUCACAUGCAAAUGCAGCGUAAAUUUGCUUUAAAUUAAUGCUAAUCACAUUAACUCUACAUUUUCCCCUAAAACAAUAAGUAGGGGAAUUGCUGAGAUUGUAUUUUCAAGCAAGUGCAAAGGCUGUGUGAUAUGAAGAAAGCAUCAUAUUAAAAAAUAUAUAAAAACUUGAGAUUUCAUUGGUCCUAUUUCAUAAAUAUAGGAAAAACAGAAUUCCCCUUUCAUUGGUAUGAUUGUACUUACACAGAAAAGAAUGAGAUAAAACAUCUCAGCAAUGUGCUAGUCUGUUGGGAAAAAUAAGCAGUACUGAGGUGGGGGGAGCAUGUGGGACCAUCCUCAAGGAACAAACCUGGACAGAAUUUUAGGUGCUUUUUUAGCAGCAUCCACCGGGUAGUUUGUGCUCAGUGGCCGGGAGGGGUCUGCUCGGUCAGCAGACAUCUUCUUGGCCACCCUGAGCCCUCAUUUCCUUUCAGGCGCCCUCCCAGUUCAGGUGGAACCUCAAACUUAGGAGAUGACCUCUAGGAACUGAUACCAAAGCCCUCAAGAGAUCCUCAGGCCAGGAGAUGGGAUGAUAGAGGCUGUAGGCAGAGUACAGGCAAUGGCAUGGCCCUAAAUCUCUCCCCAGACCUACCCCUCUUUCUAGGACCAGUUCUAGGUUGCUCUUGGUCAGGACUGAAACACCAGCCCCUUGUUUCCCCUACCAGUUCCCUGAGGCUCUUCGCUUGUCCUCACUGCCCGGUACCGCAGCUUUCUGAAACUUUCCGCUCCAUCCUGAUCUCUGCUUCCUUGAACUGACUUCCUGGGCACAGGCUUCUUUACCAUCAAGUUCUCCCCAAGCUCCAGUGCUGAAAACCCACUCUCCCUCCUGAGCAGUAAUAAGGCCAUAUGCCCAGACCUCCUCCUCCUGAAUACGAUGGUGGCGUGAGCAGAACAUAAAAAAGCAAAUCCAGGUACUCCAGAAAGGUUUAACAAUUCGUCUCACAACCAAUUCUUUUAAGUUAGAAUAUUCCCCUGAAAUGGGAAGGGAAUUAACAAAGGUCUCUACCAAGUUUCUGUAGCUAUUAUUUGUUAUACCUUUAGGAUAUGAACUGACUGACUUGAUGUAUGCAGUCUUGCUGUUGUGCCUUGGAACCUAGUAGGCCUCAAACAAUAGCUUUCCAUCUCAGCCCACACUCAGAGCAAAAAGCCACCCCACCCCAGCUAGUCAGUUCAUUUAACAAACGGAAUUAAUUUAAAAAAAAAAAAAAAAAGCUUAAAAGUGCAACAAGAUUCCAUUUCAGCAACCUUGCUAAAAUGAUAAAAACACACCAAUCCAUCUCAGCUCUACAUGUGCCAGAUUUGGUAUCUCAUGAGGCUUGAUGUACCAAAGGGGAUGCUGGAAGCUCAGCCCUAAGUACUUUCAGCUCUUCUGGUUUAUGAGUGAGGCCUCUGCAGUCUUGAUCAAAAUGGCAAGAAUGACUUGGAGGCACUUUUGAUGGCAACUACAAUUUAGAUUUCCCCUGGUUCCGAUUGGCUUUCUUUCCAUUUACCUGAAGGGAUGGUAGCAUCAAAUAUCACACCCAAGCAUCCCAUUUUACAAAUAAGCCAACAGAGAACCGUUUAGGUUAAAGGACACAGCUCGGAUUUGCAAAUCAUUGACUCCUAGACCACCCUUCCUUCCAUUAAUGAUCAAUGUGUUAACCAGAAAUAAAUUGUUUCUUUCUUUUAAAUUGUUGAAAAUUAAACAGGUACAUGAAUGUAUACUCAUUAUAAAAUAUCCAGUACAGAAAUACAAAGUGAAGUCUACCUCUAUACAAACGUGCCGCUUAAUCCAUUCUGCUUUCCAGAGGUAAUCCCUGUGAGUCCUUUCAGAAAUCUUUCUAUGCAUUUACAUACAUAGAUAGAAAACCUUGAGAGGAUUUAAAAUCGGGUCAUCUCAGGAACUAUUCCUUAAGACUUUGUUGGCAUUAACAUGUUGGGCAGGGCUUUCUGAGCUCCUUUUUUUCCAAAAUGAGUCUGUAUCAGAUGAAGCCAUUGUUAAAUGGAGACAUUUCACAGACCUUGUUAUAUGCCGUCAAGCUCUAUCAUAUUCUAAAGUGUAACGGUGAAUUCCAAUAUGCAAUGUUUUUCUUAUUGGAAAUAGACUUUUUAUGCCACCAACUAAGGUCCAUACACUGUGUGAGAAGAAAAUGAAUGUCUCACCCCCAAAAUUCAAAUAGGUUUUCUUGACAGGGUUUCCUUGGUCUCAGCAGAGGCACAGCAUACUAUGGAAAGCAGAAAAUUAAGAGGGCAGUAUAUGCAAUCGCAUUUUUAAAAAAACAAUAGUAAUAGCUCAUGAAUAUUCUGGUAAUCCUAUUUUUCUGGCCACCUACCAUAGCUACUAGUAAAGUCGAUGAACUGCAGUAGGACGAGAACUUAGCUUCACCUGGUCACUUUCUCGCCUGCCCUCCUUCCCAUCCAGCUUUCCCCUUCCUACUUAUUUCUGACUCUGCAUGGAAGCAAACCGUGUGAAGCCCAGAUUUUUUGAGUUGCUCGCAUUAUUAAGAGAGCUGACCAGUUGUGAACUAGACUAGAGAAGACUGAAAGAGCCCUGGCUCGCAUAAGAGCUCCAGAGCCCAGCUUGGCCAGGUCUGAUGCCUUCAGCUGUUUGCUCUCAGGCAAGCCCCUUCAUUCCUCACUUAUCUGUAACUCUGAAGUGAAAGAGUAUUCCCUAAGGUCUCUUCCAGUUCAGAAAUUCAGGUCCGUCCUAUUUAAGUACUAGAAAAUGACUGGCAUGCAUGCACCUAUUUGUGCCGUCGUCCUCCCCCGAGAGUCCCUACCCGUGAACAGUGGGCUCUGCCACCACCACCCACACUCAACAACAGCCAGCUCUUUCAUUGUCUCUGCUAGGAGAUAAGCAGCAGGUGCUGUUUAUUUCCCCAAAGGACUUUAUAUAGGAAAUGCAGGGUUUAUUAAAUUUAUCAUCUGUGAUAAGAGAAACUCUGUCUGCUGUGAGAAAGCAUCCUGGGAGCCAGGUCAGACUGCUGCAUUUGCUCACUGGAAUCAGGCAGAACCAGAAACCCGUCCUCUGAUUUGCUUUGAUUGAUAAUGAGUUAGCAGUGGGUUUGCACCUGUAGAAAUCAAACUGUCGGAUCAGAUGGUAAAGCUGAUCCUUGAACUUGUGUUUCUAGAGUUAUGACAGCCAAAUAUUUUAAGUUGCUCUGUAACAGUGUCAUCUCCAAUGGCCAAGUUCUGCCAGGUGAGCUGCACAGAUCUUUUAUCGAGUGAGAGCCUAGGUUCAGUACGUUAAGAUCUGAGCUGCACACCAGUGUUAGGAAACAAGGCUUCACUGAGACUCUAAUGUGGGCACAAAAGCUGUCAGAGAAAUAAACCAAAAGACCAGCCAGGGAGUCAGGAAGCCUGAGUUUCAGUCUCUCUCUCCAGGCAGCUGCCGAGCACCCUUGGGGCUUUGGGAAGGUCACAUUUCUGGACCCCCGACUCCUUCACCUCUAACAUAGGAGGGUUGAGUAGAUGUUCCUUUUUGCUGAAAAGUUUUCUUUUUAAUUUUUUAUUAUACUUGAUUUACAAUGUUCUGUCACUUUCUGCUGUACAGCGAAGUGACAUGUACAUUCUUUUUCUCACAUCAUCCUCCAUCAGGUUCCAACACAGGUGAUUAGAUAGAGUUCCCUGUUCUCCACAGCAGGACCUUGAAAAGUUUCAUAGCAUCUGAUAUACACCUAUUAGGUCACAGACAGACCAAAACAAAGUAGAAAACAACAUGAGGGCAAUACCUUUCCACCUGUACUUCCAUUUACAUAUUAUCUUUUUAAACUAACAUGGAGCUUUUAAAAGAAAGGCCCCAUCAAUUAUGUGUUGUAGGUGCCAGGCAGUUACGGGCACUCUCGUGCCAUCCGCAUAUUCACUGUACUUUCCUUCAUUCAUCCUUUUAUGUAUUCUGUACACAGAGUAAUUAUAUGUGUGCAAUGUGUGCCUAUGAAGGAGAAAAAUAAAAGAUGUUUUUGCGUUUCAGGACAUAUUAGACAGAUUGCUUUUU